AUGCGGCACGCCUGGUCACAGCCAGCGCACGCGCGCGCUCACCCGCCCGCGUCGUCGUCCGCCAGCGCAUGGUCAGCCAGUCCCGUCCCAUCAGCACACCUCGCGCACGCAGCACCGCCAGCGUCUGCGUACCCGCCACUCGGUGCGACUCACGCAGACAUCGCAGCCGCGUCCACCCACUCGAACGGCAUCGCGGGUGCAAGCGCGGGCGUCGCCAACGCUAGCACGGCACUCGAGCGCGUCCUCGCCAUGCUCGACGGAUUCGAGGACGACAUGGACUGCCCGCUCUGCCUUGAAGAGAUGGACCUCUCCGACCUCAACUUCAAGCCUUGUCCGUGCGGCUACCAGAUCUGCCGGUUCUGCUAUCACCACAUCAAGGAGAACCUGAACAACCGUUGUCCGGCUUGUCGUACGCCCUAUGACGACGCGACCGUCGAGUUCAAGGCGAUCAAGCCCGAAGAGAUGAAGCGGUUGCAGGCUGCGAAGAAGUUGCGCGACAAGAGGCGCAAGGACGCAGAGUUGGCGAUGCAGAAUAAGGCGAAUGUCAGGGUGCGGCAGAGGACGCAGGUGCAGAUAACGGGCAUGACGAGCAAGGAGGCCAACGAGGAUACACUCGCGCAGCUCAAGGAUGCGGAUCACUUCGGACGAUACGGCAAGGUUCUCAAGCUGUUCAUGUCGAAGCGAUCGCCGUCAGCGCCUCAGCAAGGCGCGUCGCACCCUCACUUCCAGCCCGUCAACGUCUACGUCAACUACCGCACGCCGUCCGAGGCUUCGCACUGCAUCGCCGCGACCGACGGGACCUUUUCGAGCGAGGGCAACAAGCUGCGCGCGAUGUGGGGCAUGACGAGGUACUGCCCGACGUACCUCAAAGGCGCACGGUGCUCGAACGACAACUGCACGUUCGCGCACGAGCCAGGAGAGGAAGUCGAGGGUCCGGCGCCAUCGACCAAGGACGAGAUCUUUACGUACGACUCGGAAGUCGUGCCGAAGCCUCGGUCUGCGACGCCGACGAUUCAGGCCAAGAAGCAACCCGAGGCGUCUCUGCCGGCGACUGCGAGCUGGGCGUCCAAGAACGCGCCGCAGCAACCGACGACGCCUAUCAUCCUCAACCCGCACCUCCCUCCCCUCUCGGCCACUCUCCCCAAACCGCCUCCACCUCGCACCAUCUCUGUUCCGAAACCGCAGAACCACCCGCUUCCUGCUCGGCCGUCCUCGCGGUCGAAACAGGCGAAAGAUGCAGCUGCCGCCACGGCUGCGUCUUCCGCGCCUCCUUCGUCCAGCUCGUCCGAUGCCGGCGCCAAGGCAAAGAUGAGCGAAGCGGAGGAGUCGGCGGAACAACGACCCGCGGAACCCGUUGCCUCGACUUCCCGUUCGCCCUCGCCGUCCCCUACGCGUUCCGCAGAAGUCGCCUCUCCCCCUCCUCCCGCCUCAAACGACCCCUUCGCCGCCUUCACCCUCAGCAACGGCUUCUCUUCGUCCUUCGACGCCCCGACCGUUCCCUUCCCCGACCUCGAGUUUGGCGACGGCCCGUUCAGCUUCAGCCUCAACCUCGACGUCAAGGGCAAAGGGCGAGCCGUCACGACCUCUUCAGGCGAGGAGUCGACUCCGCUGCGCGACUUUGCCAACCUCGAAUCGUUCGGCCGACCCUCCGAGACGAGCGAAGCCAACGGCCCGUUCUCGCCUUCGGCCUUGUCGAGCGCCGCAUCGUCCUCGUACAUGGGCUCUUUCGACCCGUUCGCCGAGAACACCUUCUCGCUCGGCUCGAACGACCUUCGCUCGGGAUCGCCAACGCCGCCCUCGACGGCAGAAGACGAGUUGUCACGCCGGAGUUCGAGGUUCGGGUUCGCGAGGCGCAGUUCGAGCUCGCAGCAGAUCAAGCCGAUGGAGCUCUUGUCUGCUGCGGCGCGAUCGGCGUUUGGCGGCAACUCGAGUCAAGGUGGCAGGGAAGCGUCGCCUAACGGGCUUACCUCGCCUGCUUCGACGUUUGCUCCUCCGCCCGGCUUCGGGCUCCCGCUCCGCAGUACAGCAUUUGCGUCUCUUCAGCCCGCCGGCGACAACCGCGACUGGCAGACCGGGACUGGCGCAGCCGCACCCGCUUUCCCCCCUGGCAUGUUGCGCAACCUCGCCUCCCCUUCGGCUUCCGCCACUUCCUCGCCCCAACUCUCGCCCCGCACGCGCUCGAACCUCCCGCCUUCUCAGCAACAGCAUCCGUACGGCCUCCCGCCGCCUGGACUGGGCGGACCGCUCGGAGGAGCAGCCAACUCUGCGCUCCCGCCCGUCAGCGGCGCAGCGAACUCGGCUCUCCCGCCUCCGCCCGGUCUCAUGCAAGGGCAAGGUCGUUCGUCAGCGACCGCCAUCCCCGCCGCGUCGUUCCCCCUCCCGCCUCCCGCUCCCCGUUGCGGCUCAGGCCCGUCGUCGACCGUCGCGAAGGAGGAUUUGCUCGCGCUUAUCGCCGCCGCGCAAGCUUCGGCGCCCAAGCAGCAGCAGCACCAGCAAGGUCACCAGCAAGGACAAGACGCGAACCCUCAUCCGUUCUUCUCCGACCCGGCGAUCCUCAAUGCUCGACUCGCUUCGACGGCCGACUCGGCGCUCCCUCCCCCUCCUGGCCAGCAACAGCAGCAACACGCGUUCUCGCCGUUCGGAGCAGGCGGUCAAGGUUCGCCGUUCCCGCCUGGCAUGAGGCUGCCGUUCCACCAGCACGGGAUGCCUCAGCCGCAGCAACAGCAGCAGCCGGGUGGCCAGCAGGGCGGUGUCGCGCAGGGUCCGCCGCCUGGAUUGGCGGGACUGUACAGGCCUAUGCCGGCUGGUCAGGCUGGGAAGGUCUAG